GAAAUUAAUGAGAAAGAGAGGGAGAAAAAGGGGAGCAAAAGCACCUUCAUAGGACCCACGAAAUGUCUCCUCCCAAGAUGUGAUUUUCGUCUUUCUCCACUACUACUCCAUCCCAUUCUUCCACCACCUAAAUUACCCCUUUUCCCUUCCCAUUUCUGGCCAAAAAUACACAAAACACACUUGGAUCCCCUCCAGUAAUCAUGUCCAGUGAUAGACGAAAAGAUUCCGCGGAAGGGUCGUCACGAGCCAGCGGCGCCACCGGCGACAACCAUCAGCUCCAGCAGCAACCAGCUCCUUUGAGCCGAUAUGAGUCUCAGAAAAGGAGAGAUUGGAACACUUUUGGGCAGUACUUGAGGAAUCAAACGCCCCCCGUUUCUCUCUCUCAGUGCAACUUCAACCAUGUGCUGGACUUCCUUAGGUACCUCGACCAGUUUGGAAAGACUAAGGUUCAUUUACAUAGCUGCGUCUUCUUCGGCCAACCUGACCCUCCUGCUCCCUGCACAUGUCCUCUCAAGCAGGCUUGGGGUAGCCUCGAUGCGCUAAUCGGACGGCUCAGAGCUGCCUAUGAGGAGCAUGGCGGCUCACCGGAGAUGAACCCGUUCGGAAACGGAGCUAUUCGGGUGUACUUGCGUGAAAUUAAGGAGUGUCAAGCUAAAGCAAGAGGUAUUCCAUAUAAGAAGAAAAAGAAGAAGAGGAUUCAAAUUAAAGCCAACGACGAGGCAAAGGCCUUUGAAGCAAGCAGCUUAAUUCCCCUGGCCUCUUCGGAUUAAUGAUGAAUCCAAGUAAAGAAUAUUAUUUUGCAGGGGUCAGACGUGAAGAGGUCGAAGAUCAUGAUCAUGCACGGGAAGGUUUACAUGAAAUAUUGAAGAGUCAUAUAUAUAUAUAGCUAGGUUGCUCGUCUGCGCUUCAAGACAUGGUAAUUCUCCCGUUUAAAAAAGUGUUAUGUCAGAGCCAAUUCUGACUAAUCUUAUUAUAAUUAGUUGUAAGCAUGCAGCUAGUCUCAAAGGGCAAACCCUACAAAUAUUGUACCAGCUUGUUAUAAUUAGUUCUUAUUAUAUAUGUUGUAGACUAUUUUUAAAACACUAGUACCAGACAUGAGUACGCCUAAAUAUAUAUCCCUUCUUCGAUCGGCAUGCAUUAAA